AUGGCGCCGGCGCAAAAGAUCACGCCGGCGGAGCGCAUUCGCGAGCUGUCAGAUAUCAACAAAGAUGUUGCGGCUAUGCUCGCUUCAGCAGGCCAAGCAGUCCAUGCACUGACGAACCGGCCACUUCACCGCGACGACGAUGAGAUGGACGAUGACACUUCCGCCUCGGUCGACGAUCGCAAGCAGGCUUUCGAAGCUAGCAACACAGAUUUUCUCGAAGCUUUGCAGGGCGUCAUGGCGCGUCUGCGACGACAAGCAUAUGCCUUGGAAGAGGCUGGCAUUAUCACUCCAGAUCCUUAUGCUGCUGGUAGUGAAGGUCUGUCCAAAGCACAGCAACAGAUGCAGGCACAGAACCGGGGGAACAACAAUGCUCCAAAGAUACCGCCGACACAACAGUUGAAUCCAGAGCGCAUCAAGAAUGGUGGGCUAGGCAAUUUUGAUGUCGGCUGGUUGAAUAGUCGCGGUAACAAGGUCGGAGCUGAGAAAGAGGCCGAGCUCAUACAAGAAGCUAAAGAGCUUCUUGCGAAGGCAAAGAACAACGGAGAUAGCAUUGGAUGA